AGCACCAGACGGACUCUCUUCUCUCUCUCUCUCUCUCUCUCUCUCUCUGGGAUAUUUCCUCCUCGCUUCGUUAUUUCACUGUCGAGUGAUUCUCACAUGCGAACCGCCGGAUUUCUCCCUCUUGAGUAUGAGAGGGACUGAGAAACCGAACCAGAGACACAUCCAGAUCGAGCGUGAUGAUGCGCGCCGCCGGACCCGGAGCUUCAGCACAACUUUAACGCAGCUCGGAGCGUCGCGUUCCCGACACACGGGAGGAUCCGUUUCAGGUCUCCACAGAAUGGAGCGAGAAUGAGCAGCGAGCGGCCGACCGUGAAGCAUGAACUGCAGACUCAUUGUAGUCACUUACUGCCUGUUUAUAUGGGAACAUAUAACAGUUCAGUCCAACCGUCAGGAGCCAUCGGCCAAUGAGCAGCAUGUUAGCCGACAGUUUGACUGGCUUAUCUCGGACCGCGGCCCCUUCCAUCACUCCAAGGGCUACCUGUCCUUCAUGGAGAGAUUUCGCCAAGGAUUCACCACCCGAUAUAAAAUCUACAGGGAGUUCGCCCGCUGGAAGGUGAGGAAUACAGCCAUCGAGCGGCGGGAUCUGAUCCGGAAUCCUCUCCCGCUCAUGCCAGACUUUCAGCGCAGUGUGAGGAUGUUGGGCCGCCGGCCGUCCACGCAACAGUUCAUCGACACCAUCAUCAAGAAAUACGGCACACAUAUUCUGAUCUCAGCCACGCUGGGAGGUGAGGAGGCGCUCACCAUGUACAUGGCCAAGAACAAGCUGGACCGGAAGAUGGUCAACGCCACCCAAGGAGUGGAGGCUCUGCACCAGCUCGCCUCUUCAUAUUUCAUCGACCGAGAUGGCACCAUGCGCAAACUACAUGAGAUUCAGAUCUCCAGCAACGCCAUCAAGGUGACGGAGACCCGGACCGGUCCUCUGGGCUGCAGCACAUAUGAUAAUCUGGACUCGGUCAGUUCUGUCCUGCUCCAGAGCCCAGAGAGUAAACUUCAUCUGCAAGGUUUGCAGGUCAUUUUUCCCGAGUACCUUCAGGAGAAGUUUGUCCAGUCGGCUCUGAGCUAUAUCAUGUGUAAUGGAGAGGGAGAAUACAUCUGUCAGAGCAGUCAGUGCAUCUGUAAAUGUGCUGAAGACUUCCCACAAUGCAACUGUCCCACCACUGACCUGCAGAUCAUGGAGAAUACUCUGGUGGGCAUGGCCGAGACCUGGGAGGCGUCUUACAGUGACUUUGAGAACUCAGAUGAGUUCAAGUCUUUUCUGAAGCGUCUGCCCGCGACACAUUUCCUGCCGGUGAGCAGCGUUCAUCUGUUGUGGGGCAGUGACUGGGAUCUUCAGAACCGCUAUCGGCUCCUUCAGAGUUCUCUAGAGGUUCAGAGACUGAAGAUUCAACGCACGGCACGAAAACUCUUCGGUCUGAGUGUCCGCUGCCACCACAACCCCAACCACCAGAUGCCCAGAGAGAGGUCGGUGCUGCAGUGGCUGAACCGUGUGCAGUCGUUCCUGUACUGCAACGAGAACGGCUUCUGGGGAAACUUCCUGGAGAGCCAGCGCAGCUGCGUGUGCCACACAGGGGCCACCCUGUGCCAGCGGCCCAUUCCGUGCGUGAUCGGCGGCAACAACAGCUGCGCCAUGUGCAGCCUGGCCAACAUCUCGCAGUGCGGCUCCUGCAACAAGGGUUACAAGCUGUACCGCGGGCGCUGCGAGCCGCAGAACGUGGACUCGGAGCGCAGCGAGCAGUUCAUCAGCUUCGAGACGGACCUGGACUUCCAGGACCUGGAGCUGAAGUACCUGCUGCAGAAGAUGGACGCGCGCCUGCACAUCCACACCACCUUCAUCAGCAACGAGGUGCGCCUGGAGACCUUCUUCGACCCGCGGUGGCGCAAGCGCAUGUCGCUGACGCUCAAGAGCAACAAGAACCGCAUGGACUACCUGCACAUGAUGGUGGGCCUGUCCAUGAAGAUCUGCCAGAUGCGCAACAGCAGCGUGGACCCCAUGUUCUUCGUUUACGUCAACCCGUUCAGCGGGAGCCACUCGGAGGGCUGGAGCAUGCCGUUCGGCGAGCACGGCUACCCGCGCUGGGAGAAGGUGCGCCUCCAGAACUCGCAGUGCUUUAACUGGACGCUGCUGCUGGGCAACCGCUGGAAGACCUUCUUCGAGACCGUGCACAUCUACCUGCGCAGCCGCGCCAAGGUGCCCACCGUCCUGCGCAACGACACCGGCCAGGGCCCCGUGGACCUGUCCGACCCCCACAAGCGCCAGAUCUACAUCAAGAUCUCCGACAUUCAGGUGUUCGGCUACAGCCUGCGCUUCAAUGCCGACCUGCUGCGCAGCGCUGUGCAGCAGGUCAACCAGUCGUACACGCAGGGUGCGCAGUUCUACUCGUCCUCGUCCAUCAUGCUCCUGCUGCUGGACAUCCGGGAGAGGAUCAACCGACUGGCCCCUCCGGUGGCACCCGGCAAACCCCAGCUGGACCUCUUCUCCUGCAUGCUGAAGCACCGGCUCAAGCUGAACAACAGCGAGAUGAUUCGUGUGAAUCACGCCCUGGACAUGUACAACACGGAAAUCUUGAAACAGUCGGACCACCUGACAACCAAACUCUGCUAGAGAACACCACCCCGACCCUUUUUCUGUUACUUUGCUUUUCCACCUAUUAUUGUUACUAUUAUUAACAACAACUUUGUAAUUGUCUGACGGAAAGUAACGAGACGAUAAACGGAACGAGGGCAAACGAAAAAAAAAAGAAAUAAUGACUGUAUCAUAUUUGUCCAAGCAUGUCUGUCAUUUCCUUAAAGAGAGAGAGCGAAAAAAAUGAUUCAAUGCGACAUCCGGUGACACAGAGGCCUUGAUUUUACUUUCGAGGGAACAACGGUACGUUUUAAAACUGCCAUUCCUUAUCGCAUUUUUAAAGAUGACAAAAGGGCAGAACCAAAAUCUGAAAUCCUUUUCUUAAUCAGAACUUGUGUCUUGUUUUUCCAACAAUUUGACGAUAGAUUUUGUUUUUAAUUUAGAAAUAAAAAACUCGUUUGUAAACUCGAUGUAAUCCUUGAGUGGAAAACAAGACAGAAAGCAUGAUUAAGAAAGUCUUCAUUUGCUGUACAGUCUCUCAGAUGCUAAUGUGUGUUGCCGUCUGCGGGUUUCGUGAGUCUUUGGUUUCACAUCAUCACUUCACGCUCUUUUGUACAGCUGCGCAUUUAAUGUACAUGUUGUGAUUGCUGACGUGUCGAGCUUUUCUGCAUCGCUUCAUCUCUUCAAGGGUCCGCAUAAAGCCAUACAUUUCUCAGAGGAAUGAUUCACUGGAGAAAAAAAAACAAACAAAGCAAAACAGAAAGACGGCGGGCACAUUUUCUGAGAAAUGUCCAACGAAUCGCUUUUGUAUUUUUGAUUUUCAAUCUUUUUCUAAUGAAAUAUAGCACAGUGGUCUGAAAAAAAGAAUAUAUAAAUACAUAUAUCUAUCUACACACACAUGUACAGCGGGAGUACGGCAUGACAAAUGUAAAGCCAUCGCAUUUCAUUACCAAGAGUCAAUCCACAACACGAAAUAUUCAAGUUUGAAAUAUCUAUGAUGAUUUUAAUCUGCUUGUAUACCAAAUGUACACUUUGCUUUUAUAAUGUUUUCUUUCAGUUUUCUAUUCCUUGAUGCAAUUCAGGUUUAACUUCUUGACAUCUGAAAGAUGGAGAUUGGGGGUUAUCUGACUAUGUUAUUUCUAGGACAGAGGGAAUGCGAUCAUCAUUAUUAUUAUUAUUAUUAUUAGUAUGAAUUAUAAUUAUCCAAUCUUAUUAAGUGCCUGUUAGCGAUCCCUUUAAUGCUUUCACAACGCAAAUUCUUUGGAUUUUAUUUGAUCAUUUGUAUUUAUUUAACGGAAACGAGACCCUCUUGAAUCUAAACGUAGGACUCGUGGGAACGGGGCCAAAAGCUAAAGGUUUUUUGCAUGGAUACUCUUGAGAGUUAAUGAGUUCUGGUAUUUAUUGUCAAUGUAAAUAUCUCUUUUGUUUUGUCUUGAUAUAGCCAUGAAAUCAAAGCUUUUCUUAAAUCACUGUAUAUGAACACCACCACGCCGCCCCCGCGCGCGCACACAAGUUUUUAGUGUAAAUACAGCAGAAAGUCAUUCGGUCACGUCAGGAGAAUCAUCACCAGCUGAUCUGAAUCUGCUUUCAUCUUUACGCUUCAUUCUGCCUUCAGUACGCUUCUGUUUCACACACACACACACACACAGUCCCGUCGGUCGCUCAGUGGGUUGACAAACUGCUUUCAGUACUUUCUGUAAUUUCUGGUGUUCUGUUGAAAUAACUAUAUCAAGCUUUCUUCAAAUGAAUGUUUCAAAUAAUAAUCUAUUUCUCAUUAAAAUGAUAUAUUUAAUAAGAAGAGCCAUGCUGGUUUGUACCACGCGUGUGUUAGAGCCGGUGUUUCUCAGCAGUACGCCAUCCAGAUGGAAAGAUUCAGGUUUCUGAUCACUGACAGAUCUCUUUAAAAGUUCAUGUGUCGUCUCACAGAAGACUCAAGUGUUUCUGUGGAUGUGUAGGACGUCGACUGCUCAGUUCUUAGCCUAAACGGGAUAAGUGUAAAAACAUUUAACAACAGAUGAUCUGACCAGAAGGUGUCUGGAAGGAAUCUCACUUUAAGAUAACCAGUGUUGGGUGUAACGAGUCACUAAGUAAUUACUUACUGUAAUUGAAUUACUUUUCACUUGAACAGGUAAAGUAAGGGAUUACUCCCUUUUUACAGUGACUUCUGAUGUAAGUGAAUGUAACAAAUCUCAAUAAAAUGGAAGGAAGGAGGCGGGAACCGGCAAACAUUUAAACAUUUAUUAAAGUAAUAUAACAGCCGGCGGCCCCUCACGGACGACCGCCGGCGAACAAAACAUAAUAUAAAUACAAACAUAACAUAAGUUCGGGCCCGGUCCUCUCUCUUCGACGGUCCGGUCGCUCGUUCCUUUUAUGCUCCCAUCUCCUACGUGAUUCGAGCCCGGUGUGCGCACAGCUGGCGCUAAUUCACAAUUACUCACCGGACUCGAACCACGGUCUCGCCCCGCCUACUCUACUACAGUGAACUAAAUAUUUCUUGUAAUAUAUGUGUAAAAUAGUGGAAUUGGCAUCAAAAUUAUAAGUCUAACUUUAAAAUCUGUGCUUUAAUGUAUAAUUCUCACAUACUUUGGUCAGUUUAUAAGAAUACUUUAUGUAGUUUUAUAUUAUUAAUUUGAAUGAAUUAAAAAAGCUGUUUCAUGUCUUGAAUCACUGAACUAAUCAAGGUCGAUGGUGGAUAUAGAAAGUAAUUAUUAAUAAGUAAUUAAAUACUUUUUGGAGAGAGUCAUCUGUACAGUAAUGUAAUUAUACUGUUGCAUACGUCAUUAGUAACUAGUAAUGAAUUACUUUGUCAGAGUAACUUACCCAACACUGAAGAUGACUGACCGAUCAACCCUGAUGUCAUUAUUUCAAAAGCACAUUGGACAUUAUAAAUAGAUCUUGUAUUUUGUUGGAAUUGGUUGGGAGAGAAAGCAUCGCAGGAGCAGUUCAAGUUUAACACAUGAUUUGUUUAGAUCGCUGAUGUUGACAGUAAUGUAACAAUAUAAAGAUGCGAACACGUCAGGUUUUCUCUUGACUUUGUUGGAUUCCGACCCAAUUGCACAACGAAGUUCAUAAAGACUCACCCACAAAAACCCUGAAAUCAAUGAUAUCCUUUCCAAGUCAUGGAGGUGAAGAGAAAGCCCUGGGAUGGCAGAUGCUGCGGGACGUCCUGCAUCACAUUACAUGAAGCUUUGAUUAAUGCGGUCGCAGGUAAUGAAGUGGACGCUUGUCAGCCUCCACCUCCAGUCUUCUGCCGGGAUAUAAUUACAAUGUCCUCAUAAAUCACACUGCUUUGUGUUUAAUGUAUCGUAUGCUCAUUGCUAAGAUUGUGUGAAUAAUUGAUACAGAGAUCCACUCGACCAUCCACAGCGGUUGACUCCUGCAGACGAGAGAAAACUUCAAGGUAUGGAAACUGUUUUACAUGAACAUGAGUUAAUGACGUGCAGUGACAUCGUGAAGGAGUUUUUUCUUCUUGUUUUUGACCCAUUGACCACUGAAGGUGAAGUUAUCCUGAGCUUUACAUCCUGUGGAAUUCAUUAUGAUGUCAUGAAAACAUGCUUUAGGUGUGUUAUUGCAGUCUAGACAAGUCAUGCGAAUCUUAUGGGUGAUGUGUUCCUGGAGUAUAUUUUGAUAUUAUUCUGAUAUAAGUGAACUGUGACGUAAGUCGUGUUUACUGCCUCCAUCACUUUAUCAGAAUCAGAUUCAGCGUGAAAUUGAAAAAUUCAUUAAUGUUCAUAAUGCAAGUGUAAAGUUUACUCCUUCACAGAAUUUAGUUGGUGUUACAUUUACAUCAAUUCAUAUGGCAGAUGAUUUUAUCUAUACACUCAAAAAAAUGAACUGUCGCUGUUGUUAGUUUUACUAAACCCAUCCUUGUUCACUGUACAUAAAGAACGCAAGUAAUUAUGAUUACUGACUUUUGUAUCAACAUAGAAUAAAUAAGUUCAACUGAUAUGCAAAUAAAAGAAAUGUCUAUCGCUGUAGAUCCUUGCUAAAUGGAAUGUCAACCCAACAAUUGUUUCACCUAGAUUAUUUUCAUUUUCUCAUGGUAAAAAGACAAAAUUAAUCAUUACAAUUAAUUACACGACCCAAAUCCAACGUGAUUUAAAGUGAAUUUGAUCUCAACAUUUUGUGGCCUUGGAAGAUGUAUUUUCAUUGUAAAGGACAUGAAAGCAUUGGAUAGAGACGGGGAGCGGGAGCGGGAGUGGACUUCUAAGGUUCUAUCUGACAUUUUUGUCUGAAUUGAGUCAUUGAUAUAUUCUAUGUUUUUUUCUUUGUUGUGUACAUUUUAGGGACUUUUUAUAGAAAACAAAAGGUUUUAACUACGAGUCAAAUGAAAUGCAAAAAGGUGCCGAUUUGUUCCAUAUUUGUGUUCAUUGUAAAUCAAACCCGGGAUUUUAAUGCAUCACUUUGUCGAAGAACACUUUCAUGUUGACUUUAAAAGCUCUGCAAGAGUUCCGGCAGAAAGUCAUCAAUCUGCUUUAUUUUCUUGCUUGUUUUCCAAAACAAAGUAAAUGUGUUUAGUGACGGCACAUAAAUAUGAUGGUUAUCCAGGAGAAAGCAGUUUCUGCGAAAAAUAAAUCUGAACAAAUUGUUUCUGGAUAAGACGGUCCAGUGACUCUGACAAGAAGCUUCCUCAUAUGGUCACCUAACUAUGGAAAAUGUCCAAUAAAAUCAAAACAUCGCGUGCUUCCCGUGAUGUAUGUUUCUGCAGAUGUGCCGUGGCAACUGUAUAAAAAUGGUCUUCUAAUUUGCUGAAAGACACAACGCUUGUGAAAGGCCAUAAAUCUUCAUUCUCAACUUUAGCUCUGUGAGAAAAUGUGCCAUGAGGCGCAAGAAAGCAAUAAGGAGGAAGAUUUAUCAUAGCCAUCAGCAUCUUCAAUCACAGCUUCACCAGAGGAACAACACUAAACAUCAACAAUAUUUCAUGAAUAUCCCCCGUGUGCUUCACCAUCACGCUGACCGCAGACUGAUCGAUUCGGUCCUUAAACCUCCAACUCUCCAGGCCUUCAUGUCAGAUUUAAACAAAAGAUGAGCUUGUUUGAGCGUCAGCUCUCUGAAGGCACACACACACAUCUGCUAGUGUUCUUCUUCUUCUGUUUGGUGGACCUCUGAGCUCUA